AUUCCCCGCGCGCGUGGUGCACAGGAGGCCCACGGCACCAGCUCCUCUCCUCUCCACCCCCUCUCCGAUCCGAAGCGGAGCCCCACCGUCCGGUGCACGCAGAUGCCGACGACCGCCUGCGCCGCCCGCGCGGCCGCUUUCCCCUCGUCCCACCGCCGCGCCGCCCCUCCUGGAAGCUUCCGGAAGCCCCUUCCGGGUCCUUCCAAGCGGGCACAAGGGCUCCGGCUCGUCGCCCCCAUGGCUUCCACCGUCGACUCGCCGGGGAGCUCCUCCGACUUCACCAAGCGCAUCGAGCGCGCCUGGCUCAUCUCCCAGCAACCAAGACCAAUUUCUUGUUCAUCUUGUCAAUCCGCUGGCCAUGUGGAGUGCAAGUGGUGUGCGGGCACUGGCUUCUUUAUCCUUGGCAACAACAUGUUGUGUGAAGUACCCUCAAAAAAUACAAAAUGUGUGAUAUGCUCUGGAAAGGGCUUUGCGGCUUGUGCUGAUUGCAAAGGGACUGGGUUUCGUGCCAGGUGGCUUGAAGAGCCUUCUGUUGACAAAUGAGCCAAGGAAGUCAACCAUACUGUAAAAUUUACUAUUCCACAGUAAACUCGUUAAUUGUAUGUACUUCUGUCUGUAUGUAAAUAUUGGUAUUAGAAUCUUUUUUGUAACUGCAUCAUCUCCUUGCUUAGUGUGACAUGUCAUUAACUGUUCAAUAUAUCUUUUUUAUAAGGAC